AUGUGUUCACUCUGUACACAAGAACAUUCUAAUGUUUAUAAUAAUCGGAGAGUUUUAACAAGUAAGCACUAUGAAUCUAGUAUAGAUGUAGAAGCUUAUAAAAAUACAUUAGCUGAUUGGGAUAGAAUGGUCCAGCAACUUGAAGAAUCGAUCAAUGAAUUAACAAUACGUUUACGUAAUCCGAUCACAAUCACAUCACCAUCAACGAAUAGUACAGAUGAGAUUAAUAAUUAA